CAUUAUUGAUUUAUUUCAUUGUCAUAUUUCCAUGUAAAAUUCCGAACCGAUAACAUUUUUGAUUUUCCUCAUUAUUUCUAAACGCUACAACAAAAAAUGCUGGUACUAAGCCAAGCAGCAAGCAGUAGAUGCUGCAACUGCUGCACUUCAUCUACCUCAUCUUCAAUUUCGUCUACUCUCAAAUUUUCUCAUACAAACCCAACAAUUACCCUUUUCUCCAAACGCACUCUUAAAUCCAAUUCCAUCAAACCCAGAAUUCGAUUACCUCUCACUCUUGCCAAAUCAUCUGAUUCUUCUUCUCCUGUUACCAAACAAUCAUCUCCUCCUCCUUCUUUCCCUGAAAACGACACUGUUUUUGUUGGCCCAGAAUCUGUUCCUCUGGAAGGUGUUAUUCAGUUUGAUAAGCCCUCUUCUUCUUCCCGCUUUAAAAAAUGGGGGAAAGUUGCGUUAUUAGCUGGUGGGGAUGUAUUGGCAAUACUUCUGUUUGCUGCAAUUGGAAGAUUUAGCCAUGGAUUCCCUGUUUUUGAAGCUGAAACGCUGCGUACUGCUGACCCCUUCAUUGCGGGAUGGUUUCUUAGUGCAUACUUCCUUGGAGGGUAUAGUGAGGACGGUCGAGGGAUGAAUGGUUCGAGUAAGGCGGUAGCUGCUGCUGCUAAAUCUUGGGCCUUGGGUAUACCGAUGGGAUUGGGUGUACGCACAUUAACUUCAGCACAUUUGCCUCCCAUCAAUUUUAUUUUGGUCACUCUAGGAAGCACAGCAGUUCUUCUAAUUGGCUGGAGGACACUACUGUUCCAGAUUCUUCCUAGUGGCAAGAGCAAGAAAGAUGAUAUGUACAAACGUGGAAGUCCAUUUGAACUGUUUGAGCAUGCUUCAUUGAGGAACGGCUUAUCAACCUGUCUGAAGUCUAUUGCUGCUUACUUCAUUGGUUAGGAGGUGGUGAAAAGUGGCUUCAUGCGUUUUGGGUAAUUUCUGAGUUUCAUUCUAGUGUACUACACGAAAAUACAAGUUGUAUCUACAUCUUUCGAGAUUGUAACGUAUGUUAAAUUGUUUUGAAUCUAUCAGGUUUAAUACUUAUUCUCUAAUCCAAAUGGAGGAUUUGUUGUAUUGUAUGAACUAUUGAACCGCACAUUCGACACACAUAAAUCGAGUAUCAUAAAAUUCUAGACUGGAGCAACAAAGAUUUCCUUAUGUUUGGUAA